GAGGACAGAGAACAGUGGACACACAGUUUAACAUGAUGGACUAUAGGACAGGACUGCUGCUUUUAACUCUCUGCUGGGCAGGUGUUGAUGGUCAGACUCUGACAGAAUCUGAACCAGCGAUUAAAAGACCUGGAGAAUCUCACAGAUUGACCUGUACAGCAUCUGGAUUCACACUCAGCAGCUACUAUAUGGCCUGGGUCAGACAGGCUCCUGGAAAAGGACUGGAGUGGAUCGCUUAUAUAGGCACAUCUAGUUCUCCUAUCUAUCACUCCCAGUCAGUCCAGGGGAGAUUCACCAUCUCCAGAGAUGACUCCAGCAGUAAACUCUAUCUGCAGAUGAACAGUCUGAAGACAGACGACACAGCAGUGUAUUACUGUGCCAGAAGAGACACAGUGAGAGACGAUAAUAGGAGAGUCUACUACAUCCUCUUUUUUUCACCACAACUGAUAACAUCUCUGCUGCUGCUGUUGGCAGCUGGAUGUGUGAAGUGUGAACAGUUGACCCAGCCAGCCUCUGUGACUGUGCAGCCAGGUCAACGUCUGACCAUCACCUGUCAGGUCUCUUAUUCUCUUAGUGCCUACAACACAGCUUGGAUCAGACAGCCUGCAGGGAAAGGACUGGAGUGGAUUGGAAUGAAAUAUACUGGAGAUUCAUACUACAAAGAUUCACUGAAGAACAAGUUCAGUAUCGACUUAGAGACUUCCAGCAACACAGUGACUCUAAAUGGACAGAAUGUGCAGCCUCAAGACACUGCUGUGUAUUACUGUGUGAACAGUAUUGAUCUCAUCCAGACAGACUCAAUGGUUGUGCAGCCUGGACAGUCUCUGACCAUCAGCUGUCAGGUCUCUGGUUAUUCUUUGACUGAUGACAGCUAUGCAACAGGUUGUACAGGUCAGAGUAUGGAGUCCAUUCCUUCCAGUUCAGUAGUGAAAAAGCCUGGGGAGACUCUCAGUCUCUCCUGCAGGGGAUCUGGCUUCACAUUUAGCUGCUGCACCAUACACUGGAUCAGACAACCUGCAGGAGAAGCACUGGAAUGGAUAGGGAGCGGAUACUCUGCUUCAAGUAGUAACACUUAUGCCAGCAGUGUGCAAGGACGAGUAGAGGUCACCAGAGAUAACAGCAACAGCAUGGUGUAUCUGAGACUGUCCAACUUAAAGCCAGAGGACUCUGCUGUGUAUUACUCUCUGCUGCUGCUGCUGGCUGCUGGAUCCUGUGUGAAGUGUGAACAGUUGACACAGCCAGCCUCUGUGACUGUGCAGCCAGGUCAACGUCUGACCAUCACCUGUCAGGUCUCUUAUUCUGUUGGUAGCUACUACACAGCUUGGAUCAGACAGCCUACAGGGAAAGGACUGGAGUGGAUUGGAAUGGCAGCAGUUGGAUACACGACAUACUACAAAGAUUCACUGAAGAACAAGUUCAGUAUCAGCUUGGACUCUUCCAGUAAGACAGUGACUCUAAAUGGACAGAAUGUGCAGCCUGAAGACACUGCUGUGUAUUACUGUGCCAGGAGAGCCACAUCAGUCCAGGGGAGAUUCACCAUCUCCAGAGAUGACUCCAGCAGUAAAGUCUAUCUGCAGAUGAACAGUCUGAAGACAGAGGACACAGCAGUGUAUUACUGUGCCAGAAGAGACACACAGCAACAAGGCACAGGUAUCCUCAUCAUCUGCCAACGAGCAGGUACUCCAGCUGCUACUCUCCACUGCACUUUAAUAUUCUGUGCCCAAGCUCCUCUUAUAUGUCUAUAUGCUUUAGAUCAUAUUUUAUGUAUUUUUAUCCUAUUUAUUUACUUGUUUUAUACUGACACUAGCUGGGGAACAAUAUUUCAUUUUUGUGUGUACGGAAGAACACAUGACAAUGACAAUAAAGUAAAUCUUGAAUCUUUUAUUUCAACUCUUUCUUCCACACCCACAGAGCCAUUGCCUCCAAAUGGAACUGAUGUCAAAAUGGAACUGAACCAAUCAAGUCCCAAAGAAAUAUUUAGCAACAACCAGGCAGAGUUGAAGUGUAUCAUUACUGGACAAGACCCGAAUGUUGUAAAUCAAAUUCAAAUCACUUGGCAAAUCAAUGGAUCCCCUGUGACCAACACCAUCCCAACAACACAGUCGGGAGUCAGCACAAUGACUCUUACCCUCACUGAGUGGUACAAAGUCAACAACGUGCGCUGUUCUGCCAGGAAAGACGAUAUGACACUAGCUAGUCAGGUUCUGACUUUCCGCAAAGGAGAUCGGAGCGAGCCAAAAGUAACAGUCCACAUCCUCCCAGAUGAGGACAUCAUCGAUGAGGUCACUCUGGUGUGUCUGGUCUCCAGUCGGAUGCAGCAGGAUUACUACAUUGCCUGGUCAGAACAUAUUGGAACAAACCCCCCCAUCUAUACUGAUGGCAUUAACUUCCCCCCAGAGAAGACCAAACAAGGCUACUCAGUUGCAAGUAUUUACACCGCCACCAAAGAAAAGUGGAACAACUUCAUCAUGUUCUCCUGCAACGUAUGGCCUGGUAGUGGCGACAAGCCUAUUAAAUCCAGAGAUGUGUCUAAGGCCCUGAGAAACUCAUUUGAAUGUGAUAAAUAGUAGAUUCAGCUUUAAAUGUGGCAGUUUGUGCUAAUGUGUUGUUCUGUCUCUGUGUGUACUCUCUGCCAUGAGAACCUGUCUUUGUGAUUGUAAUUUACUAUUGUUUGUCAUAUUGUGUUUCAAUCUGUCUACGUCACAUUGUCUAACAGCUUGAGAAGUGUGCUGACUGUUUCAAAUAAAUGUUGCAUGGAGAC